CGCUUGCUGGGGAGCCAUGAUGUCAGUGAUACCGGCGGUGAUUCAUCAGCGAUGAUAUCAGUGCAGGGCCAGAUUGGGGCACAAGACGUACAAUGGUGGACUUAGCGGACUCCCUCUAGGGGUCUGCCCAGACAUGGGCAACAACGUCCAGAAGAGGAGAAGGCUGGAGGCGGACAAACCAAGAAGCUUCUGGCUGAUUGGACACUCAGACAAGCUGAGGACAGCUUGUGCCAAGGUCCAUGACGAGCAGAAGAGGGUGUCGGUCCACUAUGCGGCCUCACAACACUUCCAGGAGAACGUGUUCAUUGAGGGCAGCAGGCCUCAGUUCCUGGAGGACCUGCACUCGGAGGCUCAGGAGGGCUUGAAGAUACAACAGAAGGAAAAGCACGAGAGUGGAGUGAACUUUGCUGAAGAUGAAAGCAUUGCUUCAGACACAGCACAUCCGGAACAAGAUUCUGACUCCAAAGAUGAGGGGGGCACACUGGAAUGGCAAUCCAACUCAGGGAUUACUGAUACUGUGUCCACCAGAUCUGCACUCACUCGCCAAGGUUCGACAUUUAAGCCUUUGUACCCAGUGAAAAGGUUAGAUCAGAACAAAAAGAGGAACAGGAGGACAACCAUCAUGGGUAUUCCCAACCAGGUGCAGAAAGAACUUGCAUUACACGAAGGUUCCACCUUCCAGCAGGUUGUUUCUACCAACAACAACAACAACCAAUCAGAUGUUUUCAUCAUUCCAACUUUUGAUGGAGGGACUCCAGUAGUGACCAAGCAGGGAGCUAGGGUGCGCCUUUCAGACCUGGAGCAGGUAACUGGUGAUAAGCAGCAAACGAGAAAGCAUCCUCAGGAAGUGUACAAGGAGGAGGAGGAGCCCUUAAACCAUCAAGAAUUUGGAUCUCAAUGCUAUCGCUCAUCUGUCCUCAGACCCAAGUCUGUUGUGGUCCCUGGCAUGACUACUUUCACUUCCUUUAAUCCUUCAAUGAGUAGCUUCUUCUUAGAGCCCCAGGGUCCAGUGAUGUCCAUAUCUCCCCAGGCUACUUAUCUAUCUACAAUCAUCCCUAAUGCGGUGUUGCCAGCCUCGAUUGAAGUCAUCGAGAUAGACCUCAAUGGUGUCAAAAAUGCUGGGAGUGCUCACACGGCAAGCAAAACUAGCCUAGCAUCUUUGGACUCCACGGUCAGCCCUUUGCUCUCUAGAAGAUCAGAUGGUUUGCACAUAGAAUAUUCCUCCAACUCUACAACAGAGGUUUGUAAUGCACAAAAAGUGGACCUCAAAGUGCGGGAAAGUAUUGUGAAUUCUAAAGAGGACCAAGAAUUUGCCAGCCUCCACACAUCAGUCAGUCUCAUUAGCAGAAACAGGGAAGCACACAAAGAUCCCAAGCCUGAGAAUGAUGCAAAGAUAAAACGCAAUUCCACCCGAAGCCUGUCAAUCACCAAGACUAAGCAACCCCCAGCGCCGCCACGAAGAUCCAACUCCCUUCAUUGCAAUAAGAUCAGGACCAAUACAAAGAUUCAGGUGGAUGACAAAGAUGUCACUGCUUCUCAAGGGUUAGCAAGUACUAUAGCAGACAUCGCAUCAACAGAGCAACUAGAAUCAGAAACAAACAAAAUCCCAAACCCUGUAUCAAAGAGCUCUCCAAACCCCACAGAGAUUUCUGACGGUGAGGCUAGAAAAUCUUUGUCAGAAAUCCACCCACAGAAAACUCCCUCAGAAGGUGACAAAUUUGAGCGCACCAUGUCGCCUUCCAGUGGCUACUCCAGUCAAAGCGGCACUCCAACACUUUCCCCUAAAGAGAUCACCCACAGCUCUCCAGACAAACACAAGAAGAAUCCAGCUAAGCCCGAAAGAUCUGUGUCUCGAGCCUCAUCCUCAGCUUCUCCUUCCUCGUCACUUACCUCUUUAUCAUCUGGUACAUCAGAAGCUAUUAGCUCAGGUAUUUCUUGUUUGGCCCCAAUUUCUGCUAAAGAACCCACUCCAACUUCGAAAUUGGAAGAGUUGUUAAAUGUCCCACCGCCUCCCAAAGUCAAAGCACCAUGUCCUCCACCCCCCGAGACGUGGGCCCAGAACAGUCGCACCAUUGAGCUCCUGUGUGGUCCGAGCCCCAAAGUCAGCAAAAUACCGGAGGAAUCAAGACCGAUAAAGGAAAGCACGGGUAAAGAUGAACACAGUCAACUAAAAAGGGAAGACCUACAUGUCUCCAAAUCAUCAGAAAGAAAUUCUAAAACUGAGAAAUUGUCAGCAAUCAAUUCUGAGGAUGCCCAUGAGGAUCAAGAGUGUUUAAUUACAAAACAAAAGACAUUUGUAGUUCAGACAAGGCUUGAAACACCAACAAAAGUACAAAGACAAGAGAGUUGUUGCCCCACAAUGAAAGACUCUGAUAGUUGUGAAAUCUCCACAAAGACCAAAUUGUCUCCUGUUAUGAAGAACCCACAGACAGUAAUGCAGACAGAAGAUGUGGUGUUGACAGAGUCUUCAUUGGAAACAUCUGUUGGUGAGAAUGAGGUGGGCACCAAUGAAGUCCUAGUGACUUUUAUAGAACCUCAAGGGGUUCAUGAGGCGAUAGUAUCAACUUCUGCUCCACCUGAUCAUCAGCCAACACCUCCUCUUUUGAGAAAGUCUCCUCCCAUCUCAGAACCACUUGUUGAUUUAGACAAAGUACAGAAAGAGAUCCUCAACAUAGAAUCCUCCUGGCCACCUCCUCCGCCUCCUUUACAGGGAGUUUAUAUUUUUGAUGGAGCGGAUGAGUUGGACUUUCCUCUUCCGCCUCCGCCUGACGUGAGGGAUGAUGUUUCAGCUGUGAUGGAGAAGUGCAGCACAGAGAUUGAUGAUCUGGACACACCAAUUCCACCUUUGGAGGAAUUUGUUAAGUUAAUUCAGGACUCAAGUGAAGGUUCGACAUCUGAACCACCCGAUACAGUCUUGCGCCCUGUUGUAGUUGUAGACGAUAAAGAUACCGACACUAUUUUAUCUUGUCCAACAUCUUCAUCCAUUAGCCCACCAUCUGUAAAAGCGUCUUCCAGCCGUUUCACCAAGCGCCACUCUCUGGAAGUUGAAAUCCACUCAACUACUGAACAUUCUCUCACGGCCCGACUCCCUUCCCCAGUUCCAACAACUUCACCCAUGGAGAACCUUACAGCUGGGGUUGUUUUCCGAAGACCACCCAGUAGUGCACACAGAGAAAACCGGAGCAAGGAGCUGCUGGCUCGCCACAAAAGUGCACCCAUUCCCAAAGAGGACGCCAACAUACCACUUGUCACCCCCUCUUUACUUCAGAUGGUCCGCCUAAGAUCCGUCAGCACAACUGAGGAUAGCGAGGCAGCUAUCACGGAAGACGAGUCAAUAAAAGAAGGAGCUUCAGUUCAAAACAUUUGCCGGCAGCAAAGCCCUCCACAAAAGCCCAUCCGUAAGUCCAUAACAUCGCCGCCUCAAGUGGUGAAAACAUCUGUGACACACAGCACCCCUUCCAUGCGUUUACAAGAAGCCAUUCGUAUAAAAACCGCAGCCCUGACAUCAAGAGAGGGUCUGCCAUGCCGGCUAGGGAUGAGAACAUCGUACCACUGUGCCAACGAAUCAGGGAUUUUGCCCCUUAAAACCUGUGAAGCAUAUGACAAACAGCAGUUCCAGACUUCCACUGCGAGCUUCAUCUUUUCCAGGAGCACCAAACGGGCUGUUGAAGACCAAUCACCAAUCUUCGACCAAACACACAGGGUGAAGUCUGACAGGGUUCCCCCACCAGUCGCCAGGAAACCGUCUCACGGCGGUGUCAGUUUUUCACAGGAGCCCAGUUUUGCCAUUGGUGAUCCGCAACAACAUUCCAAAGGAAUUGCUCUACCAGAGACAACAACAAGAGUGACUGCAGACACAAUUGAAACACUGUUUUGAAAGCACUUUGCGGUAAUUUGCAGAGACAACCCGCAGGAACAAGCAAAGCCUACAAGCAAGACUGCAAUCAAGGGCCGCCAUUACUGACACUCAGACUUCAAAAGCCUUAGCCUGUAAUGGCCUUCCAAAUGUAUUUAUGCAAAUCAGUAUCUCCCACAUUCUUCUGAUAGCUUUAUUCUGAAGUAUUUUUCUAAGCGUCAAUCCAACAACGCCCCUCAGGACAAAAUUGUGUACAUAUGUUGUGUAAAUAUGGUUUGAGGGCGCCCCCCGGAGGUAGGCAACACUCACUUCAGUGUGCUUUUGUACAGAGAUUUAGAGGUGAAGGUUUGCUAACAUAAUGAACAUACAUGAGAGGAGAUUAUUGUGGAAACAAAGAGGUCAUUCUCUGCUUUAGUCUUUUUGUUUGUUGGCUUUUCACUGUGAUAAAGGGAAAGAAGAAGUUGUGUCAUUUAGAACAGAAGCACUUUUGUAUAGGUACAAAUGAUCAACUAUUAAAAUGCUUUUAUCAUACCACCGUCAUUUGUCUCCUGGGUGUAAUAAAAAGACACAUUUUGAGAUACAUUUAUGCAAAGCAGCCAUCCUAUUAUUUAUUCAUGUUUGUGUCCCAUGAGGACAAGAACCACAUAGAACUGCACCACAAUCAUAAGACACUUUUUUUUAGGUCACAUGUGAUUUUGUUUGUUUGUUAAUCAUGAUAUUAAUGUCCCAUAAGUAUAUUUCAGUGCAAUGUUACCCAUGAUGCCACCGCCUGAACAGUAGAAUAUUUUAAUGUGUAAUUAUGAGCGCGUAAAGUCCCAAUAUUUUCAAUGACAAAUCCACACUUUCUUCCCUUUUCAAAGCUUGCAUCAUCAAAAGACUAUCCGUGUCCAACGGCAUCCCAGGGCAGCGUUGUUCACAUGGCAACUUGUUGAUUAGUGUACUCUUGUAAUACGGCUUGCAGGUGAGGUCGAGUACCUAACUGAUGUUACCUCCUUUCAGACUCUUACAUGUGAUCCGUCCCAGUUUGGUCAUCAGUGUCUUGUCUUUCCACUGAGCUGCACACUCCUCAGAGAUCUUCAGGUCAACCUAGGAAAAAACACAGUAACGUUAAAACCAUAUCUUAAGUCGCCAUAAUCCCACAAACAUACUUGUAGUUUCUCCCAGACUUUCUUCUUUGGGUUAAGUCUGUCCUGUGGUUUUCCCGCCUCGUAUCCUUCCACGAAGACCCGCUCUCCUGGUGAGGAACCCUGAGGAGGGUCGAGUGGCUCCACUCUCCUGGGCUCACCUUCACUACAAAGGACACAAAGAGCCGAGUGGGAGGGUGAGGUUGGAGGGGUGACGAGCAGAAAGAAGCGUCACCCACAUGGAGGCACAGAGCAGCAUGGCUUGAGACUCAAUCCCGCGCAUCUUCUGGGGUUUGAGGUUACACAGCACCAGCACAAAUCUGUCCUGCAAGUCCUCCUGGGAGACGUAGGCCACCAGCCCACUGACAACCGUCCUGGGCUCCGCCUCCCCAACGUCGAUCUUCUCUAGGAAGAGCGAGUCAGCCUCUGGAUGCUAGGUGUUAGAUAUGAAAGUACAUGUGAGCGCAUCCCAGCUGCACUUUUACAAAUACUUGCACACAAGAAACAUUGGAGUUUCUACAUCUUCUGACCAUCAUGUCCUGGUGUUUCCAAAACCAUCAAAGGGGAAAGGAAAUUCUAGCUUUUCAUUGUCAUUUGUACGAGGUUUGUUUUUAAAGUGAGCCAGAGUGUGAGA